CAGUCACCUUAUUAUAAUUGAUAAAAAAAAGAGGCGGAGUGUCACUCGCAUGGAGAAAAACAUCAAGUCUCGCUGCGAAGAACAGAGAAUUAGGGUUAGGGUUCUUCCUCAUCUUUCCCCCCCACAAAACCAGCAUUCUCUCUCGCUACAAAAAUCGACGACCAAGAAGUCGCUAAAUUUACACUUCAGAUGAAGUGGCUUCGCCUGUCGAUUGCAGAUAGAACCAGCGACCUCCCUCCCAACGUGAUCGAGCGCAUCCUCCUCUUCCUCCCCGUCAAAGACGCAGCCAAAGCGGCGACACUGUCGACACAUUGGAGGCACCAGUGGAAAGGCAUUCCUCAACUCAAUUUCGACGCCGAUUUCGCCCGCGUCCCCGGAGUUGGAAGCUACGAGCACAACGCGAACAGAGUAGUCCUGAGGAUUUACAAAGCCCUGCUGACCCACGACGGGCCGAUCACGAGAGUCGUCCUCGCGAUCCCGGGAUUGAGACCCAUCCACGACAUCGAUCACCUGAUUCUCCACCUAUCCAAAAAAUGCGUCAAGGAAUUCGUCCUCCGCUUCGGCGACGAGAUGGACGGCUACCCGUAUCUCAACUGCGACGUCUCGUCCUCCCUGUUUGCUGCUCGUGAGUUGGUUUACCUGAAACUACAGGGUUGCACGUUGAAGGCGCCGUCUUGGUUCGUCGGGUUUAGUAAUCUCACUCGUCUCGCACUGAAUCACGUGUACCUGCCAUCUGAUUUCUUCACCCAUUUCCUUCCCAAGUGCCCGUUGCUUGAACAAUUGAGACUUGUGCACUGUGACCAGUUCGUCAACACGGAGAUUCUGUCUCCUUCGCUCAAAUUGCUUUCCAUUCAGUCGACUCUGUACAGAAUUUGCUUCAAGUAUGCUCCUCUUCUAUCGGUCGUGUCGAUUCUGGAUGCCGACGAGUUUAGUGAUUACAGGUUUACCCUGUUUCAGCAGUAUGAACUGGACAUGGUCGAUGAUGUGUUUACUUCUCUCCCUGCGCUACGGGAGUUAACUAUUGGAACUGGAUUUCUGCUUUUCCUUGCUGCAGGUCAAGUCCCCUACAAGCUUCCAACGCAUCUUCAUCACUUGAAAGUCCUCCAAAUAUACCUUUUAUUAUAUAGGUGGCCGGAGGCUCGUGUUCUUGUUUGUCUAAUCAUGAGUUCCCCCAACUUGCAGACGCUCAGCAUUCAGCUGGAUACCCUCGAUUACCAUCCGACAUCAAAGCUUAUUGACAGCUUGGACAAGUUGUUGAAAGCGAAAGACCAGCAUGGAUCUGGCUGCUGCUUUCAGUGUCUUGAGGAGCUGAAUAUUCGUGGAAGCCGUGGGAUGCAGGUUGAGCUGGACCUGGUAAGGUUUGUACUAGCUACUGCCCCACUGCUGCGCAAGAUUCACAUCGAGCCUAGAAGCGAAUUGAACUGCGACGUGGUUCUGAAGUUCUUGAUGCAGCUGAGUCGAUAUGAGCGUGUUUCGGAGAGGGCAGAGAUCAUCUAUCUCUGGAAAUAUGAGGGGUAAUUGACAACCCCUUUGGGGGGCUUUAAUUUGCUUGUUACUGUUGCUGCUGGGGCCAGCAUUUGUCAGCUCGAUCGCUUGAUGGUGCAUUACUGACUGUAGGGCUUGUUGUGACAUUGACACGCAUCAUCAGUUUAGCUCUUUGCCUCUUCUCUCUUCUAUGAGUGUGCUCAAUCUCUCUCCGGUGGUAACUGGUAAGCGUUGUAGCAUAGCAUACUGUUCAUCAGUGCCUGGAAACAUGAGGACUUGUAGGUAGUGAAUGACCAAGAGAGGCUAGGUAGUAAGCUACAUCGUUAGCUUUGCUAAAAACACGCUCUAACUUGACCUCUCAGUACUCCAAGGCUAAUGGUUGUUGAAUCUCAGCAAUUGUGCUAUUGAGUGUUUCUUCGCGAAGAAAUGGAGAUUAGAGUC